AUGCGAUUGCUUAUAAUCUUGUUAGUAGAUUUUAGUACUAUUAUAUAUGGUACUCAUUUUCGUGGUGGUACAAUGACAUGGCGUCCUUUGAACAAUACUCCAUCCGGCAGUACAGUUGCAGUUCAAGUGCGUGAACGAUGGUCAUGGAAUCGUAUUACUUAUGCCUGUACUGCUGCGACCAUAGCUGCACAUGGUAAUGUCGGAGUCCCAGGUAGCUAUUAUAUCACAUGUGUUUAUGGUCAUUGUGGUAGUUGGAUUAAUAUGGAUGCAGUAGUAAACUGUACGGAUUUUAGUGCUGCACUAGUUGUUAGCUCUGGUGAACAUUAUGAAACGCAAACAUUUCCAUUAAAUGUCUCAUUUAGUAUUGGUUUUGUGAAUGGUAAUUGGUUUUCAAAUCUUUUUCGUGGUAACAGCCUAGGAUGGAGUGUUGUCUGUCAAAUCAACACUAAUAUUAGACCCGAUGGUUACAUAAAUACCAGCCCUGUUGCUGUCAGUCUUCCUAUUAUUUACAAACAAAUUAAUAUUCAACAAGUACAUGUUGUUCAAAUGUCUGACAAUGAUGGAACCGAUAUAUUAAAAUGUCGAUGGGCAAGUUCAUCAGGUAAUAUUAACAAUUACGAUGAAUGUGAUGGCGUAUGUAAUGGUGUUCCUAAUGUUUAUAAUCUUAUUUCGGAGAAUUGCACAAUUGUAUUUAUGCUUCAAAAUCUCGGACAGUACGCUGCAGCAGCAUUACAAAUUGAAGAUUUUUAUAGUAGUACAUCUACAACACCAAUGAGUUCUGUGCCAAUACAGUUUCUUUUCUAUGGUUAUCCUGCACCUACCGCUAGUUGUACUACUCCACCUGCUAUCAUUGGUAAUCUGCCAAACCGAGCUUGUAUUGGUACACCAAUCGGUUCUAAUGUUACUCAAUAUAUCAUCGUACAAGUUUAUUGUCCUGGACAUGCUAUUACUGAUUUAGUUAGUAGCGUUCCAACUGGUAUGACAAAGAGUGGUAUUAUCCUUUCAAGUCCUAAUGUCUAUGAAAUCAUUCUCAGUUGGGUUCCCAUACAAGCUCAAUAUGGCCCACAAUCUGUCUGUGCUGGAGCUAUCGAUAGUAUACAACUUCAAUCUAAUCAAUGGUGU